GGGAAAUUAAUCUUUUUCUGCUUAUUUUAGGAGAAAUUGUUUUAAUUUUAAUUUAGGGUCUCUUGUCUUUGAUCUUUUGUACACUUUCUCUGGAUUUUCUGAAUUCGAACUUUGGAAGAAGAAGAAGCUUUGAUCAAUCAUGGAAAUUGCAACCGAUACAGCAAAGCAGAUGAGAGACGAAGAGUUGUUCAAAGCAGCGGAAUGGGGAGAUUCAUCGUUGUUCAUGUCAUUAUCUGAAGAACAGCUCUCUAAAUCUCUCAAUUUCAGAAACGAAGAUGGUCGCUCUCUCCUCCAUGUCGCUGCUUCCUUCGGCCAUUCUCAAAUAGUGAAGUUGUUAUCAAGUUCAGAUGAAGCAAAGACUGUAAUCAAUAGCAAGGAUGAUGAAGGAUGGGCUCCUUUGCAUUCCGCUGCUAGCAUCGGUAAUGCUGAGCUCGUUGAGGUGCUUUUGACCAGAGGUGCUGAUGUCAAUGCCAAAAAUAACGGUGGUCGCACUGCUCUUCACUAUGCUGCUAGCAAAGGCCGGUUGGAGAUUGCUCAGCUUUUAUUAACACACGGUGCAAAGAUUAACAUCACAGACAAGGUUGGUUGCACUCCGCUUCACAGGGCAGCAAGCGUGGGAAAGUUAGAAGUUUGUGAAUUUCUUAUUGAAGAAGGAGCAGAGAUCGAUGCUACGGAUAAAAUGGGUCAAACUGCACUCAUGCAUUCAGUUAUCUGCGAUGACAAACAGGUUGCGUUCCUGCUUAUAAGACAUGGUGCAGAUGUGGAUGUAGAAGACAAGGAAGGCUACACUGUUCUAGGCCGAGCUACCAAUGAAUUCCGACCUGCACUUAUCGAUGCUGCUAAGGCCAUGCUUGAAGGAUAAAAUGACUCUGGAUUACUUUAAAACUUACUAACUCUGAGAGUUGUUUAGUUACUUAAAAGGAUUUUUCUUUACUGUAUCAUGUUUGCAAAAUGUUUCUGCCUUAUCAAUUCAUGUUCUGUCUUUAGAAAUUUUCUCAAAAGCAAUUUUGGAAACAAGUGAGAAAAAAGUUUUUUUUUUUGUUUGG